UGCUCUCAUAAAUAUACCAGCUCCCUCCCCUACCUGCUUCAUCAGGAUGGUACAGUCUGCAGAGGGACUCCAGGCGGCUAGCCCAGCCUCUCACCGCCUUCCAGAUGCGGUACAGUGAUUAUUCGGCUGGGCAACUGGAAAUCCUUUUGGAUGGGUGAUGAUUUCUUAGCCAAGGGGUGGGGAGUGUUGGUGGUUGUAUCAUGCACAGGGUGUCCAAGAAGACCUCAAGACGGAUAGUGUGGGGCUCUUCCCCGGCAACUUUCCUAGGGUGCUGUGAACAGUGCCGGGUGUCACUGGAGAAGGGAUCGGCACCUGUGGGGGGUUGGUGGCAGUGGCAGCGGUGGGGUUAAUGUGCUUGGAAAGGGACCACUUUGCACCAUUUAUGUUUCAGGGUGUAGUUAGAGAGUGAGCCUGGGUCUGCGUUAAAAUUGGCUGCCUUUAUGAGGAUACUGGCUCCUAGUUAUGUCUUUGGAGAAGCUUGAUGCUCGCACAGAUGGAGGGGACUCAUGGGCCACUCUGCUGAGUUCUCUCCAGCUUCUUGUGAAUUGCUUGCAGUGCCUCCCCCUCCCCUGGCUGCUCCAAGUCUCUCACAAAUGAACAUGUAGGGGCAGCUUCAGAAAUCCAAGCAGAGGCUUCUGCAUCUGCUUCCCUAUCACCCCGGGUCAUCAAUUUCAAACUCCAAGCAGGGCUGUCACCAGGCACCAAGGAGGAGCCUGCUGGCUUCCCCCUGCUUGUUACGUAAAAGACCCAGCAGUCUCUUCAUCCACUUGGGAGCCGGGGACUUCUUGGUUUGAUGUGGAUGGUGCUUCAGCUCUGAGUCUGGGUCUGGGUCUGUCCCCUGUGAUCUCACUUACCUGCUAUCACUUCCCCACCCCGGCCCAGCCCCCCUUCCCCCCUCCCACAAGCUGCGGGAUUUUCUCUGCUGUUGCCUGUUACUUCCUCUGACUUAAUGAAAUGGGAACUUUGGGCCAUCUCAGGAGCUUGGAAGAGUCAGGAGUGAAUGCCUAGUCUGCUGCCUGGAAGGUGCCAGGAAGGGGCCAUGACCAUGUAGACGCCAGCCCUGGGGAGUAGCAGCAUGGGCAGCGCUGAAUGGGGACGCCUGGGUCUGCAGUCUUGAGACCCACCACCACUGACCUUCGAACUGGGAUCCCUGUGUGUUGAGGUGUUCCUUUCCGAGCUUGCCACAGCUGCCGCCACACUGGCCCGUCUCCAUUUUCUCCCUUGGAAUUGGAGCUGACUGCUCAGAGUUGCUAAAGUUGCUUCCUUCCCGAAAGCCGUAUAGACUUAUAGCUCUAAUUGGGAACCUGCUUCUUUCUUCCCCUACCUAAAAUAAAUAGAUAAGUAAGAAAAUAAUAAUAAUAACCCUUGGAUCUGCCCAAAGUGGAGCAGGAACCUCAGCAAAAAUGGGAGACAUGACCAACAGCGAUUUUUAUUCUAAGAACCAGAGAAAUGAGGCCAACCAUGCAGGCGAGUUUGGGUGUACAAUGGAGGAGCUUCGCUCCCUCAUGGAACUGCGGGGGACAGAGGCUGUGGUCAAAAUCAAGGAGACCUAUGGGGACACUGAAGGGAUCUGUCGGCGUUUGAAGACCUCGCCUGUGGAAGGAUUACCGGGCACUGCUCCAGACCUAGAAAAAAGAAAGCAGAUUUUUGGGCAAAACUUCAUACCUCCAAAGAAGCCAAAAACGUUCUUACAGCUAGUCUGGGAAGCACUACAGGACGUGACUCUUAUUAUCUUGGAAAUUGCAGCCAUCAUCUCUCUGGGACUUUCAUUUUAUCAUCCUCCUGGAGAGGGGAAUGAAGGGUGUGCGACAGCCCAGGCUGGGGCCGAAGAUGAAGGGGAGGCAGAAGCUGGCUGGAUUGAAGGGGCCGCCAUACUUCUUUCAGUUAUCUGUGUUGUUCUUGUCACUGCCUUUAAUGAUUGGAGCAAAGAGAAGCAAUUCCGGGGUCUGCAGAGCCGAAUUGAACAGGAGCAGAAGUUUACUGUGGUCCGGGGAGCCCAGGUGAUCCAGAUUCCAGUGGCAGAGAUCGUGGUUGGUGACAUUGCCCAGGUAAAAUACGGUGACCUACUUCCUGCUGAUGGGAUCUUCAUCCAAGGCAAUGACCUUAAGAUUGAUGAAAGCUCUUUAACUGGAGAGUCUGACCAGGUCCGCAAAUCAGUGGACAAGGACCCCAUGCUACUUUCAGGUACACAUGUGAUGGAGGGCUCUGGCAGGAUGCUGGUCACCGCUGUGGGAGUGAACUCUCAGACUGGCAUCAUCUUUACCUUGCUGGGGGCUGGUGGUGAAGAAGAAGAAAAGAAAGACAAGAAAGGUGUGACCAAAGUGGAUGGCCUUCAGCUUCCAGUAGAUUCUUCCUACCCCUCCCACCCUCCUGCAGCUACAGAUGGUGCAGCAGGUGCAAAUACCACCGAUAAUGCAAAUUCCAGCUUAGUCAAUGGUAAAAUGCAGGAUGGCAAUAUGGACACCAGCCAGAGCAAAGCCAAACAGCAGGAUGGGGCAGCAGCCAUGGAGAUGCAGCCUCUGAAGAGUGCCGAAGGGGGAGAUGGAGAUGACAAGAAGAAGGCCAACAUGCACAAGAAGGAGAAAUCAGUCCUGCAGGGGAAGCUCACCAAGCUGGCUGUGCAGAUAGGCAAGGCAGGUCUUGUGAUGUCUGCCAUUACGGUGAUUAUCCUGGUGCUCUACUUCACCGUGGACACUUUUGUGGUGAACAAGAAGCCUUGGCUGCCUGAAUGUACUCCUGUCUAUGUGCAAUACUUUGUGAAGUUCUUCAUUAUCGGGGUGACUGUGCUGGUGGUUGCUGUGCCUGAAGGGCUUCCCCUUGCUGUCACCAUCUCUUUGGCUUACUCCGUGAAGAAAAUGAUGAAGGACAACAACCUUGUACGCCACUUGGACGCCUGUGAGACAAUGGGCAACGCAACAGCUAUCUGCUCUGACAAGACGGGGACACUUACCACCAACCGGAUGACUGUUGUGCAGGCAUACAUUGGGGAUGUCCACUACAAGGAGAUUCCAGCACCCAGCGCCAUCAACUCCCAAACCCUGGAGCUGCUGGUGAAUGCCAUCGCCAUCAACAGUGCUUAUACCACAAAGAUUCUGCCACCAGAGAAGGAAGGUGCCCUGCCCCGUCAGGUGGGCAACAAGACUGAGUGUGGCUUGCUGGGGUUUGUCCUGGACCUGAAGCAAGAUUAUGAACCUGUGAGGAGCCAAAUGCCCGAGGAGAAGCUGUACAAGGUGUAUACCUUUAAUUCCGUCAGGAAGUCCAUGAGCACAGUGAUUAAGAUGCCCGAUGAAAGCUUUCGCAUGUAUAGCAAAGGGGCAUCAGAGAUUGUCCUGAAAAAAUGCUGCAAAAUCCUCAGCGCAGCUGGUGAAGCCCGAGUCUUCCGACCCCGAGACCGAGAUGAGAUGGUAAAGAAGGUGAUUGAGCCCAUGGCCUGCGAUGGCCUCCGAACCAUCUGUGUAGCUUAUCGGGAUUUCCCAAGUAGCCCAGAGCCUGACUGGGAAAACGAGAAUGAUAUCCUCAAUGAUUUGACCUGCAUCUGUGUGGUGGGCAUUGAAGACCCUGUGAGGCCAGAGGUCCCAGAAGCCAUAAGGAAGUGCCAACAAGCAGGAAUCACUGUCCGCAUGGUCACUGGGGACAAUAUCAACACUGCUCGGGCUAUUGCCAUCAAGUGUGGCAUCAUCCACCCUGGGGAAGACUUCCUCUGCAUUGAGGGGAAGGAGUUCAACCGGCGAAUCAGGAAUGAGAAAGGAGAGAUUGAACAGGAACGAAUAGACAAAAUCUGGCCCAAACUGCGGGUCCUCGCUCGCUCCUCCCCUACAGACAAACACACUCUGGUCAAAGGCAUCAUCGACAGUACCCACACGGAGCAGAGGCAGGUCGUGGCCGUGACUGGGGAUGGAACUAAUGAUGGGCCAGCCCUGAAGAAGGCAGAUGUUGGCUUUGCCAUGGGAAUCGCUGGUACCGAUGUUGCCAAGGAAGCUUCAGACAUCAUUCUGACAGAUGACAACUUCAGCAGCAUUGUCAAGGCAGUGAUGUGGGGCCGCAAUGUUUAUGACAGCAUCUCCAAGUUCCUGCAAUUCCAGUUAACGGUCAAUGUGGUAGCUGUCAUUGUGGCUUUCACGGGUGCUUGCAUCACACAGGACUCUCCCCUAAAAGCUGUACAGAUGUUGUGGGUGAAUCUCAUCAUGGAUACCUUUGCCUCCCUGGCCCUGGCCACAGAGCCACCCACAGAGUCCCUUCUGCUGCGUAAGCCAUACGGCCGCAACAAGCCGCUCAUCUCCCGCACCAUGAUGAAGAAUAUCCUAGGCCAUGCAGUCUACCAGCUCACACUCAUCUUCACCCUCCUUUUUGUUGGAGAGAAAAUGUUCAUGAUUGACAGUGGACGCAAUGCCCCCCUCCACUCUCCUCCCUCUGAGCACUAUACCAUCAUCUUCAAUACCUUCGUCAUGAUGCAACUGUUCAAUGAAAUCAACGCCCGGAAAAUCCAUGGGGAGCGGAAUGUGUUUGAUGGCAUCUUCAGGAACCCCAUCUUCUGCACAAUUGUCCUGGGCACCUUUGCCAUUCAGAUAGUCAUUGUGCAGUUCGGGGGGAAGCCAUUCAGCUGUUCUCCUCUCCAGCUUGACCAGUGGAUGUGGUGCAUAUUCAUUGGACUAGGAGAGCUUGUCUGGGGUCAGGUCAUUGCCACAAUCCCAACCAGCAGACUCAAGUUCCUGAAGGAGGCAGGACGACUCACUCAGAAAGAGGAGAUCCCUGAGGAAGAACUCAAUGAGGACGUGGAGGAGAUUGAUCAUGCUGAGAGAGAACUUCGACGUGGACAGAUCCUGUGGUUCCGUGGCCUAAAUAGAAUCCAAACUCAGAUCCGCGUCGUGAAGGCAUUCCGUAGCUCUCUCUAUGAAGGUUUAGAAAAACCUGAAUCUAGAACCUCCAUCCAUAACUUCAUGACUCAUCCUGAAUUUAGGAUAGAAGACUCUCAGCCCCACAUCCCCCUCAUUGAUGACACUGACCUGGAAGAAGAUGCCGCUCUCAAGCAAAAUUCGAGCCCGCCGUCGUCAUUAAACAAGAACAACAGUGCAAUCGAUAGCGGGAUCAAUCUGACCACUGACACGAGCAAAUCAGCUACCUCUUCGAGCCCAGGGAGUCCUAUACACAGCCUGGAGACAUCGCUUUAGCGGGAAAUAUUCACAUCUCCAAAAAAAAAAUACAAACAAAAUAUACAAAACAAAACAACCCCCCCCCCACAAAACACAAACAAAAAAACCCCAUCACCACCACCAACUCAGAACAAACCAACCCAGAAAACUCAACCAUGAAACAGCACCAAGAAAAUAAAAAUAGACAAAGUGGGAGAGAAAUAUAUCUCCCCCGAAAUAGAACCUUUCUCUGGCUGAGAAGCUGUUUGAGCUCUUUGUCCCUUUGAGGCAAGUGACGGGAUCCCUGAUGUGGGUUCUUGGGAGUGAGCAAUUGCCUGACGUGCCCUUUCUUGCUCCUGCCCGCCCAAACACAGACCAAACCCACCCACCACUUUCCUGCAUGGACAUACUGUACUCUUCCGGUCCUCCUCUUGUUUAUUAUUUUUUUUUUCCUUAGGCAGAAACUGCAAAAAAGAAAAAAAAAGGAAAAAAAAGACUCCUUUCUGAGGCUUAUUUAUCCAAUUCACUGGUCUGUGAGUUUUUUGAACUGCUUGUGCGGCAUGGUCUCAGUUGUAGAGAUUAAUUUAAAUAACUUUUUGAAGUUGCGGAAGCUUACCUUGCACAGUAGGGUUAUACCAAUGGGACAGAAGAACUUCAUAGACACUAAUGAGAUUAUAUCCAUUUCUUUGUAUCUAUAUCAACGUAUACCUCAUCGAGAAUGUAUACGUCCAUAUAGAUAGGUAGAUAUAUAUGUAUAUCUAUAUACAUGGAUAUAUAAAGUUUUUUUGCUGGCAUGUUGCCUUGUUUUUGCUUAAAUUGCUCUAUUUUAACUUAUUUAUGUCUUAAAAGAAGAAUGUAAUUUGUUUACAAACCUGUAGAUAAACGUCCUUCACUAUUUGUAGGGUUAAGAACACUUCCUGCUGAGAAAGCAGAAGGACUGCUCAGCUCACCAGAUACUCCUCUCAGAUUGCAUCCUCGAUGUUUUAUGACAGCUCGGCUCUGAUUUUUUGCCUGCUCUUUUUUUUUUGUUCAGUAACGUAGCUCCUGCUGGUGAAUGACAGAAGAAGCCAAAAUAUAACAUAUUGGAUGUAGGAAUGUGCUCCACAGACAUGGGGUCAUGGGACUGGAAGCUUGACUCUGUCGGGGGAAAAAAAAACCCACGUGCAACAAUCAGGUUUAUUUUUUGUAAAAAAUAAAUAAUAAAUAAAUAAAUAAAUUGCUCAGCCCAGUUUCAGUAUGCCCCUCACUGGCCACAGGCCACCUCGGGUAGCCAUUAUGUUAGGAUGGCUUCCGUGGAAUUUUUUUUUUUUUGGAAGACUCCUCUUUAUGAAACUCCUUUGAGUUUAUUGAGAGCAUUUGAAAAAUAAGUUAUAUUUGGCUUUAUAUGGAGAUCAAAGUAGUGUUGAAAUUUGUGAACUCUAUUGUGUUAAUUUUUUUUUUUAGUUAGUCAUUUAGAAAUUGAUUUUCUUAUUAUUCGCAGCUUACAAGCUGUUGGCAUUUUGAAUGAGAAUCACUACAGCUUGCUGCUUUUCUUUCUUUUUUUUUCUUUUUUAAUUUUGGAAGAAAACUAUCCAUUCCCCCCCAUCCUACCCCCCUGCACUAUUCAAAUCUGAAUGAACUUUAUGAUAUAUAUAUUGAAAAUGCACUCUGUGUGAUUUUUAAACAAAGCUUGUCUUCCUGUAAUCACAAUAUAUACUGUAGCCACUUAACAGUGUGUCCUGCCUUCCUGCAAGGGAAGCCAUUCUGAAAGCCUACAGUAUCACAGGUGAGCAAAGGUUUUUGUAGUUCUUUUCUUUUUUUUCCCCCAGGAUGGUAUCAGCACUAAUAAUCAACUUACUAUAAGCUUCUUGAAUUGCUACGUCAGACACUUGAAUGCUAAGCACUUUGUGGGCCACGGCUUUUUUUCAUAAAGAACUUUUGUAUUUAAUACAAAGUUUGCUUUGAGACUUUUCAGCACACAGUCUUUUUUCCAUAAACUUGUACAGUGCAAAAGACAUUUUGAAUACAUAACAUGGUUGGUGAUGGCAGAUGUGUAAAGGAAAAGCAAAGCACUUUCCGACUCACCUGCGAAAUUAAUUUGCCCUGCUGACCCCACCCACCCUGCCAUCUGUCAGGCCCCUCCUCCGAGCCUAGAACUUGGCAAACCAGAUGAAAUCUUCUCUGCAUCCUGGCCAAGAAGGAGCAUUAUUUUGUGCAGAUGGCCAAGAUUAGGUAGAGCCUUUCCCAGCUGGGGUGGCCAGUCUUCGAAUACUGCUGGCAGAACAGCAAUGUAUCCGGUCCACCGUCAGCUCCCCUGUCUGGUCUAAACCUUCCUGUACAAGGGGCUGGUGCCUAGGACAGCAGGGCCUACAACCCCUUUCUUUCUGAAUCGAGAACAGGGCCCCUAUGUCAACUGUAAACAGACUGGCAAUGAAAACAUCGCCGAUAUUUCAGAACGCCAACGUAGUCAGGGUUUCAUUUCCACAUUGCAAAUGUGGAAUCUAACCUUAGCUUUUAUGUAUUGGAUUGAGGAGGGAGGGGGAAUCCUGUUCUCUGCUGUACUAAUGAGGAAGGGGGAGGGUGUUGUUUGGACUUACACAUCUGUGAAAUGGGUCUGUUCUGGAACCUGAUUUAGUUUCUCUGUCUUAACUUCAAUGAGUUAUUUUCUUUUCCCAAAGCUCUCCCAACCACCUCCUCUUUCCUUUAGUAACGCUCAUGUUCACCCGGGAAAGAGCUUUAACCAUUAGGGAACCAUUUUGUGGACUUGGAUUAGCCUCUCAUAUGUGGCGCUAUUUCCUCCCCCCAGGGGCCUCCUAUAAAUUGAGAAGCCCAUAUCACACUGGGCUUCUUUCCAAGAGGAACCAGAAAUCUGGGUGGGUUUGGGAGAUCGAUAGUGGGGCGGACUCUGGGAAGAGGAGAGGCAGGAGUCCAUGAGAAGAUUUGUCAAAGUAAUAUCCAAUUUCGCAAAUACCUGAAGUUCUGUCUUGUACUCGGGUCUCCUUUUCCACUUGGCCUUCUCUUGUUGGGAACAAUAACUCCAAACCAGUGGCACAUGGAGACCGUGAUUGGUUGAAGCUCAGCCCAGCACAUCCACCCCCUGCAUCCUGCCCUCUGUCCCUGGCCGCAUGGAGUUUGUGCUCAACGAUAAACAAUACCCUGGUACAUUUGGCCGUCCAUCCCAUUAGGGGGUAAUAAUUUAUGUCCAUUCAUCUGUUUUUAUGAAUUUUUUUAUCUAGACAACAAUUGUAAAUAAAGAACUCACCAUCUCUGUUCAUUUACUACUA